UUGAUCUCAUGCAUACAUAAUUAAAUUGAAACAUAUUUUCUCCAUUUUCUAUAUGCAAACUUAACUAACUAGGUAAUGUGUUUUUUUUUUCAUUCACCUCUAAAUUCCAAAAAACUAUACUUUUUGGGAUGGAGGGAGUAUGUAUUUUUUCACUAGAGAGUAACCUAGGAGAGAGUAGCAUAUUUCCACGUUUUUCUACUAUACGCUAAAUGCGCAAAAUCUUUGGUUGAAAAAACGGGUAAAGUGGCAAUCAAACGCCCAAAAGUUAAAGCCCGUGUCUACUAGACCCAAGGCCACUAGGGCGGCUCACGGAGGCCCAGACUGCGGCGCCUCACCAACCAGCAAGGCCACAAAAGCACCCCGCCGCCCGGGCGCCCGGCCAUGUCGUCGUACGGGUACGGCCCCACCGCCGCCACGGCGGACGCGUUGGAAGUUGCCGCCGCCGGCGGCAGCUACCGUGUGUGCGACACGGUGGUGCUCGUCUGCCUCGCCUGCGCAUCCGGCCUCAUCGUCCUCACGGUGGCCGUCUGCUUCCGGCGCGCCUUCGCCCACGGGUACGCGGCCGCCGCCGUGGGCGGGAACGGCGCUGGGCCCGCCGCCGCCGCCAGCGGCAGGAACCGGUGCGGGCUGCCGCCGUCCGCGCUCUCGGCGAUCCCCAUGCUCGCGUACCGGAGGGGCGCCGCCGGCGCCGGCGCCGGGUGGGCGCAGUGCGCGAUCUGCCUCGCCGUGGUGCGGGACGGGGAGACGGUGCGGCUGCUGCCGGCGUGCGGGCACCUGUUCCACGUCGAGUGCAUCGACCUGUGGCUGCGCUCCCACGCCACGUGCCCGCUCUGCCGGCGCGACGUCGGCGAGGCGGCCGCCGAGAAAGUUUGAGCUCGCCGCCGGCCUCUGGCUCAACUUCUUUCCCUCCAUGAUAUCCACAUCUCAGUACUUGUACGUGGUAGCUAGGAAAUUAGGCAUAGUUUCAUUUUGAUGCUAGAAUUAAAGGAUUUUUGUAGCCAUCUGAUUGGGGGAAAGCUCAUUCUUCUUUUUUUAUGCACUUGGUUUUGCCAUUUUCAUAACCUGCAAUCAUAUGGAUGCAAGAUGCACAUUGAAAUAUUAGACGUGUCUAAAUCAGGAGACCCUGCAAGUAAAUCCGAUAAGGAUUUGGAUUAGAUUGGGGUGUAAAAAAUACAGGAUGAUGAUGAAAUGGUGGCAGCGUAGGUCAACUUUGGAAGGAUAUUGCAAUGAUCUAUAUCUAUCGUCAAGGAUAUUAUAAGGACAAUAAUUUUACUUCGUCAUGCAUCCUGAUUUGAUAGUAGCCAAUAUAAAAUAAUCUGCGAAAUUGGUACUUCUGCCUUACUACAUGUCCAUCUGUGAUGUCCUUAUCUGGAACUUGUGUGCUUCUUGUAACUCAUGGUGUCACUUCUUGCCAAUGGCUCAAUAUACCAUCUUGAUUUUAUAAUA